AUGCCUCGUAAUUAUAAAAGAAAAACCGAAACUAAAUACAGCUUAGAGGAUCUCAAAAGGGCUAUAGUCGAUGUUCAAACUAAGAAACUCAGCAUUGGCAGAGCAGCAAAUAAUUAUAGUAUUCCAAAAACUACAAUUUAUGAUUAUUUAAAGAAGGCACCUAUAAAAUUACCAAGGACUGGACGAAGACCGCUCUUCACAGACCAGCAAGAAAAGGAAUUGGUCGACUAUAUCAAAAGUGCAGUAAACUUUAUAAUGGCCUAA